GCAAGAACCCCCCCGCCCCUCCGCUCACAUACACACACACACCCAUUGAAAACGUCAAUAUUACGCGACUACGGGCACACACAGAAAACUCCCGACGCGUUAUUGUCGCGCCUCGAAGGACUAUCAAAUAGAGCGAUUUUGGAGACGAUUUGUGGUUCUGGUGGUAAAUAACCAUGGCGGUACGGGUGCUCCAGUGGGCCCUCCCCUCGGGGAUAGCCGUGUUGAAAAUAGGGACAACUAUUCGAACGGCUGGUAUUCACACAAGCUCAGUAAGGAACCUGCGGUACGGUUGGUGGGCAUAUGCACUGGGCGAGAGGACAACUCCAAGGUUCAAGGAGAACAGCAAGAUAAUCUCCAUUGAUGGCAACCUGGCCUCAGGAAAGGGGGCGCUGGCUCAGAAUCUGGCUGAAAAGCUGGGGAUGCUGUACAUGCCCGAGCCUGACACGCACUACUUGGACAAGAUGACAGCGGAGAAGGCGCCUCUGCCAACCGCCUUUAAUGGUAACUGCAGCCUGGAGAAGUUCUACGGAGACCCCAAGGCUGCUGACGGGAACUCCUACCGGCUGCAGGCAUGGAUGUACCUCAUGAGGCUCCUGCAGUGGUCAGACGCCAUGGAACACCUGCUCACCACAGGCCAAGGUGUGGUCUUAGAGCGCUCCCCCUACAGUGACGUGGUGUUUGUGGAGGCCAUGUUCAAACAGGGUUACAUCAGAAAGCAGUGUGUUGACCACUACAAUGAAAUCAAAGGUAUCAGCAUCUGUGAGUUCCUUCCCCCCCACUUGGUCAUCUAUGUGGACAUGCCAGCAGAAGAAGUGCAGAAGAAGCUGAAGGCAUCAGGCAAGGAUGUGCCCCUACCCUAUCUGAAGAGCAUUGAGGACGCGUACAAGAAGACCUACCUUCCCAAAAUAAGUGAGAAUGCAGAAUUGCUUGCUUAUGAUGCAACCCAGGCACAAGACAUCGAGAGGAUUGCAGAAGACAUUGAGGACUUGAAGUUCGAGAAAGGACCUUGGGUAGAACAGGAUGACGUCACAUUACACUACAUGAGAAUGCUGGUGGAAGACAAGAUGAGGGUGGCAGACCUGACCCUUGUACCCAACUUCCUCCCUGAGGUCACCAUCGGCGCUCACGAGUAUGACGCAGACUACUAUGCCUUCAAAUCGCUCCUGGGAAAGAAGUAUGCUGAAGGUUAUAACGCAGAUAUCGGAGAUAAGAACAUCUGGCUGAAGUGAUUGCGUGGACCUGACUUUCUCUGGAGCUGAUUGGUGUAGAUGAAUGUUUCCUUCUUCAUUCCCUCCCUCACGCACCUGCUCACUCCUCCCUAUGGGCAGAGAAGUCUAAAUCCAAAUCUAAAUUAAUCUAAAUCCACAUCCAUUUCAUCCGAUCAGCAACGUUGUCUUCUGUCUAUGUAUCAAUGAGAAAUUGUACGCAAUUAAAAAACAUUUUUUUUUUAAAUCUAAA